AUGGUUGACAAAGUGUAUUCUUUAUCACAGGUCCUGGGAGUCGCGAAAAUCCAUCCGAUCUACAACCCCAGUGUGGAAUAUCCCCCAGACACAGACGCUAUCCAAGAGGUCUUUGAACUCACUGCGGUGGAAAAGGAACCGGACCUUAGAUUGCAACCGAUACUCCAAAAGGAAGACCUGUAUAAGGUCAUUAAGCGCCUCACGAAUGACCUGAAUCAAAAGAAUGGCUACCGGCGUAGCGCCUACAUCAGCACCACCGGAGGAGGCUCGGGUGGUCUACCGCUGAUGUUUGCGACAGACAACAAGGAAAACCGUACCCAGAGAGAAGUAUUUGGCACGUUGUUGAAGACUUGUGGUGUGGUCGAGUCCCAAGACUGGGUUCUUACGAUGCAUACUUCGGGGUAUCUUUACCGGUCUCUCGAUCUCAUCAGCGAGCUGUUUGAAAACGCUGGAGCGUCGGUGCUCUGUGCCGGGAGCCGCAUGGAGCCCGCCGAGGUCGUCCGGGCUCUGGUGCACUACCAUGCCAACGUACUGACUGGAGACAGCAGCCAGAUUAUCCAAAUCAUGCAUCACAUCUUGGCCCUUCCUGAUCAUCAACGAGAGCAGAUUAGCCUCAACAAAGUGGUUUACACUUCAGAGCCCCUGACCGAGGCCCAGCGAGGCCACAUUAUCGCCACCCUUGGUCCAGUCCAGAUUUUCUCUAUCCUGGGAAGCGCCGAAGCAGGGCCUUACGCACUCAGCAAUCCAAAAAUCACCGGAGAAAACACUCCUCCGGGUACACGAGACUUCAUCAUUGACACGAGGCUCGUCCGGAUCGAGAUAUUGGAUCCGUCUGCUGUCCACGACGUUGCUGCUCGCAGUACUUUGAUGCCCGAGUCCAAACAGGGCAUUAUAGUUUUGACCUCCCUCCAGCGCCUGCGAAAUCCGCUCGUGCGGUACAUCACCGGCGAUAUGGGGUCACUGCAUCCGAUGCCCGAGGCUGCCAUCGGUGUCAUUCCCGACGCUGAACGGCCGCACUUUCGCGUCCUUCGUCUAGCGGGCCGAGACCGACGGUUCAGCUUCAAAUGGUACGGUGAACAUUUUGAGUUCCACAAUAUCGUAAGUCUGAUGCAGACUGCCAACAUGGGCAUUUUGCAGUGGCAGAUAAUCCUAGGUUGUCUGGACUCUGCUCCCCAAGCGACUCUUGAGAUUCGUCUGCUUCGUGCCGUUGCGGGCGAAGAUCUCCUUCCCCAAGCUACGCUGGUGGAGUUGUUGGAGGAGUUCUUCUACGUCUUUCCAGAGAAUCGAACCCUAUUUAGCAUUAACUUUCUCAAUAGCUUGGAGAAAUUUGAGAAGAGUAGCACUGGGAAUAAGGUCAUGAAUUUUGUGGAUCGAUUUAAUUAG